AUGGGGAGCCCGGGGCCCAGGCUAGGCAUCAAAAAGGCUCUGCACAGCCAGCAAGCCACCGCGCUGCCCGCCUCUGGCCCAGCCGUCCCCUGACAGACAGUGCUCGUCCACCCCCUCUGCUUGCCCACGACCGGGCAGGGAGGCAGCGCUGUGCAGAACGACUCCGUUCUCAGCGUGAUUGCGCCCACACUGCUCUGGGGCUGUCUCUAUCUGGUGUGGGUCGCUGCUGCAGUUCCCAGCGAGAGCGGAGGCAUGGCCGGGAACCGAGCCAGGAGCCAGACAGGCCACAGGGCGCACGCCUUUGUCCCAGAGCCUUUUGACGGAUCCAACUUCACCCCGCAAGUCUGGAUCCACCGCUUCGAGGUCAUAAACUACCUCAACCACUGGGACGAGGUCACCAGACUGCGGUUCCUGAAAGAGUCCCUCCGGGGCAAGGCCCUGGAGGUCUACAAAGGACUCCAGCCAGAGGACCAGGGAGACUUCAAGGUCAUCAGGGAGACUCUGCUGAAGAACUUCGAGGGCCCUGGCGCUGCCCGCAGCCACCUGCCCAAAGAGAUCCUCUUUGCCAACAGCAUGGGUAAGGGCUACUACCUCAAGGGGAAGAUCCACAAAGUGCCCGUGAGGUUCCUGGUGGACUCUGGAGCCCAGGUUUCCGUGGUCCACCCCAGAUUGUGGGAAGAGGUCACCGAUGGGGACUUGGACACCCUGCGGCCCUUCGAGAAUGUGGUCAAAGUGGCCAACGGGGCCGAGAUGAAGAUCCUGGGUGUCUGGGACACCGUGGUGUCCCUGGGCAAGCUGAAGCUGAAGGCGGAGUUCUUGGUGGCCAAUGCCAGUGCCGAAGAGGCCAUCAUCGGUACGGACGUCCUCCAGGACCACAACGCCGUGCUGGACUUCGAGCACCGCACGUGCACCCUGAAAGGGAAGAAGUUCCGCCUGCUGCCUGUCGGGGGGUCCCUGGAAGAUGAGUUUGACCUGGAGCUCAUAGAGGAGGAGCCGUCCUCACUGGAGGGGCAGGGGCAGCUCUCUAACUGA